GAUGCUGCGGGCGGUGGCAGCCGAGCGCAACAAGGAGCCUAUACUACAGGUGCUGCAGCAGUACGUGGACCCCGCACAGCGCGGGGUCCGCGUGCUCGAGGUGGCCUCGGGCUCCGGCCAGCACGCGGCCCACUUCGCACGAGCCUUCCCCCAUGCCGAGUGGCAGCCGUCGGACGUGGACCAGCGCUGUCUGGACAGCAUCUCGGCCACCACUCAGGCCCAGGGGCUGGCGAACGUGAAGGCCCCGCUGUACCUGGACGUGUCUUGGGGCUGGGAGCAGUGGGGCGGAAUCGGGCCACAAUCUCUGGACCUCCUGCUUUGCAUCAACCUAAUCCACAUCAGCCCCGUGACCUGCACUGAGGGGCUGUUCAGAGCUGCUGGACACCUGCUCAAGCCCAAGGCACUGCUGAUCACCUAUGGGCCAUAUGCCAUCAACGGGACAAUCUCUCCUCAGAGCAAUGUGGACUUUGACCUGACCCUCCGCUGCAGGAACCCAGAGUGGGGGCUGCGGGAUACAACCCUCCUGGAGAACCUGGGCCGGGCCAGCGGCCUGCUCCUGGAGAGGAUGGUGGACAUGCCAGCCAACAACAAGUGCCUGAUCUUCAGAAAAGAGUGA